GGUUGUUUUUUUGAAGAGCAUUUUUAAUUGCCUUUUUCCCCCCCAUAGGCGCCUUGGUGCUGAAUUGGGCAAAUCUGUGGUCUAUCAAGAGACCAAUGGAGAAACAAGAGUGGAAAUAAAAGAAUCGGUUCGUGGCCAAGAUAUUUUCAUUAUACAGACAAUACCCAGAGACGUGAACACAGCUGUGAUGGAGCUUCUGAUCAUGGCAUACGCACUGAAGACCGCCUGUGCCAGGAACAUUAUCGGGGUCAUCCCGUACUUCCCCUACAGCAAGCAGAGCAAGAUGAGGAAGCGGGGCUCCAUCGUGUGCAAGCUGCUGGCGUCCAUGCUGGCGAAGGCAGGUUUAACUCACAUUAUCACUAUGGAUCUUCAUCAAAAGGAAAUACAAGGCUUUUUCAGCUUUCCCGUGGACAACCUUAGAGCCUCACCUUUCCUGCUUCAGUAUAUCCAGGAAGAAAUUCCAAAUUACAGGAAUGCAGUCAUUGUAGCUAAGUCUCCUGAUGCUGCCAAAAGGGCCCAGUCAUACGCUGAGAGACUGCGUCUGGGGUUGGCUGUGAUCCACGGAGAGGCUCAGUGCACAGAGCUGGACAUGGACGACGGUCGCCAUUCUCCCCCGAUGGUCAAAAAUGCUACUGUCCAUCCGGGUCUGGAGUUGCCGUUGAUGAUGGCCAAAGAGAAGCCACCGAUAACUGUAGUUGGAGAUGUUGGCGGGCGCAUCGCGAUCAUAGUGGAUGACAUUAUUGACGAUGUGGAAAGUUUUGUUGCUGCUGCGGAGAUCCUGAAAGAGAGAGGUGCUUACAAGAUCUACGUCAUGGCCACUCACGGCAUCCUAUCAGCGGAGGCCCCCCGCCUCAUCGAGGAGUCCUCCAUUGACGAGGUCGUGGUGACGAACACGGUCCCUCACGAGGUGCAGAAGCUGCAGUGUCCCAAGAUAAAGACCGUGGAUAUCAGUCUGAUUCUCUCUGAAGCGAUUCGGAGAAUCCACAAUGGGGAGUCCAUGGCGUACCUUUUCCGAAACAUCACCGUGGAUGACUAGCUGUCGCCGUUGCCUUGACCGCGGAACUCCUGAGGAAAACGUGUGGAGAGCCGUGCCAUCAACUUACGUACACAGUGUUUCCUCUCGAGGGAGGCAUGGAAGUAGCCUGAAGUCAGAUAGUCUGUCUCACCCAGUUGGGUAGGUAGGAGCCAUUAAGAUAGUCAAGGGGAAGACAGAGCUAAUGGAUAAACGGCCUUAAAUGUCUGCCAUCACCAUCCUGGUCCUUAAACAAAAGUUAGUUUUCUGAAAAGAAUUCCCAAAUUUUGUUGAUACUGAAAAGGAGUUAAGGGCAGAUGGUCCGAGCUCUUUAAUAUUGGGCUAUUUCCACUGCAGGGAAAUGUGUGUCAACGUUGAACUUGGUUAGGGAAGCUGAGUGCCCUGGUACUGUUUCCAGGCUAGUUGUCCUCUCCCCAGUCAGCCUCACGUACAUCUUUUGUAGAAAACCCUGUUUUUCUUUGAGAAGCUGCCGUGCCUACAGCCACCGAACAACAAAGCCUUUGUGGCAUUACCCCAGCGAGGAGGUCAGAUUAGAGAGUAGCCCCCUAUCUCUGGAUCCCUGCGAAGCUCUACAAUGGCAAAUAAAAGAGUUUGUUGUCUUGCAA